CCAUUUGGUGUCAUCAGCCACGGUAUCUUACAUCGACCUCUUCCGCAACAAUUUCAAUUCCAUAAAAACUCAGCAACCACGAGCUCGAACAGGGAGGAACGGACCGCCUUGCUUGGGCCUCGCGUGGCCAUGUCCGACAGCAAUGGAGGCAACGGUGGCGGCAUCUUCGCUGGUGGCAAUAGCAGCGGCGUUACAGGCGGAGGACCGGACCCCAACAGCCUCAAUAACUACAGCACCUUCUUCUCUUCGGAUCCCAGCGUGCGGUCACUAAUGCGCACAUCGGACAACAUCGAGCGCACGCGUCGUACCGUGACCGAGUCUGAGGAGUUGGCCAAGAAUGUGCUCGUGGACCUGGAGUUGCAGCGCUCGCAGCUACACGACACGAAAGAUAUGGUCUCCGAGACCUCGAGCAUGACCGGCCAGGUGCGUCAUCUGCUGCAGAUCAUCGCCGACCGCUCGUAUCGCAAGAAAAUCUGUCUCUACAUGGUCAUCGCAGCUCUGUCAAUCACCGAUAUCCUGGUGUUUUAUCUAUUGUUUGUGCGCUGAAAAAUAUCAGGAAAAUAUAGCAACAACAGCAAAAAAAAGCGGCUUCGUGACUGUGGGGUUUCUCGGUUUAUUAUGACUCGGCGAGUAAAGAGUGGAUGGACUAGUGGGGGAAAUAAACUACUUACGCGUC